AUGUACUGUGCGUACGCUCAAUAUAACCCGUCUAUCGUACAAAUUCUCGCGAACGUAAUAUUUAUUGACGAAAAAUUACCCACAAAUGAUCAAAUAAAACGUGCGGAACGGUUAAAACUACCUCGAACAUUUUUUUUAUAUGAAGAUCGAGAACCAUGUAAGGGUUGUAUUGGUUGUCAAAGAAAAACACCGUUCGAAAUACCAAUUGCGAAGUAUGUUGACAUUGAUGGUCAAUCUUCUGCUGCUGUUGUUGAGAAUGCUGGGGUGCGCUCAAAUUUUCCUCGUAACACUCAUCCUCCUUCCUUAAUGUCGUUGUUACCAUUGUCCGAAGUAUCCUUUUCGAAUGAUUAUGAUUAUUAUAAUCAAUAUCGAAUUAUCGUUAAAGCAAAACGUUCGUUACCAAUUCGUACACCACCAGUAUCAUUGGCCUCCUGUUUUUACCCUAGCGAUGGAUUAACUGAUAUUCCAAUAACAGCAGCAGACGUCUCAUCUGAUCAAAAAAAAUCGAGGGUUUUAACUUGUACUGUUGAGAUGAAUGCAGUUCAUAAUUAUUCUUCUCGUUUAACUGAUAUCAUAUUAAUUAAUGUAUUCGAAGCAAUAAACAACAAUUCACAAUCCUCCAUAACGAAGAUUACCGUUCAGCCUAAUGAUACUAAAGAAUCACCAUUUGAAGAAAAUCUAUCUCAAUCGUUAUCAAACAUUACUGUCAAAGAAGAUAAACCUCAACCGGCAUUAUCCAAGAUUACAAUUAAAGAGGAAAAAUCACCUCUGUCCUCUACAACUAAUGCGUACACAAAUAAACCAUCGAUCUUUGGGAACAUGCCUACGAAUAGUUUUGGUGGCACGUCUAUAUUCGGAAAUCUACCUGAAACGAAAAAUUCUGAUGGUGGAUUUCAUUUUGCCGGUUUCGGAACAGCAGCGACAACAACACUCUCGGUGCCAAUUACCACCACAAUAACAGCAACAAGUAACAGUGAUUUUUCUGGUUUCAAAUUUGGAACAAGUUCACCAGUCACGAAUACUAAACUAUUCUCAACUCCAGUAACGUUUAGUUUUGCUGAGUUAGCCAAACAGUCGACGAGUAACAAUGAUUCGAUAAAUGGGAGUGAUAGAGUAUUUCCUGGACAGGGCAUGCCAGUAUUUGGUUCAACGCCCAAAAAAAAUGACAGUGUUCAUAUGCCUGACGAGAAUGAUGAGGAUGUUGAUGAAUCAGAAAAACCGUAUGA